AUGGACAACGAUUUCGACAGCGUGUCAUGGCAGAACGAUCCGGACAGUGACAGUUCAAGACCCACCACUGCAGGAACCAGUCGACCGGACGAGACUGCAUAUGGAGCAAAAUCAACCGGUAAAAGGAAAGCAAGCCAUAGCUCAGCACAGGCAGGCGCAGACGCAGACCCUGUGGACCUUGCGGGCAUAGGUGAUGGGAGACUGGAUUGUACAGUGGAUACACCUCUGAAGGAGAACGAUGGCACGAAAGACUCAUACGUCUCCUACAUGGUCACCACGAAGACCGACUUCGCCUCUUUCCAGAAAUCCACCGUCAAAGUACGUCGCCGCUUCACCGACUUUGUUUUCCUGUACAAGAUGCUCUGCCGAGAAUACCCUCAAUGUGCCGUCCCCCCUCUCCCAGACAAGCACAAAAUGGAAUACGUCCGCGGCGACCGCUUUGGGCCUGAUUUUACCCAUCGAAGAGCUCACUCCCUCCACCGCUUCCUGAAACGACUCGUCUUGCACCCGACACUCCGCCGCGCCGCCCUGCUCAUGAUCUUCCUCGAAUCCACAGAUUGGAACUCAACUAUGCGGACUCAUCCUAAACGCAGCAUCAGCGUCUCUGAAUCAGGCACUUCGGUGUUCGACAACUUCGCAGACACAUUUGUUAAUGCCUUUUCUAAAGUCCACAAGCCGGAUAAACGAUUCAUCGAAGUGCGGGAGAAAGCGGACAAACUCGACGAAGAUCUUGGACACGUCUCCCGUAUAGUAGCACGCCUGGCUCGCAGAGAAGGAGAUCUAGAAUCUGAUUACACAGACCUGAGCAUCCAAUUCAUGAAACUAGGAGCUCUGGAACCAGGUGUAGAAGGCCCAGUACAUGCAUUUGCCCAAGGUGUGGAAGAAAUCGCCAAGGGUAUAACGGCGCUGAAGGAACAUACGGACCAAAGCUACCUGGGCAGUUUACGGGACAUGGAAGCCUACACCUCAUCAUUAAAAUCCCUACUCAAAUCCAGAGAGCAGAAACAACUCGACUACGAAGGUCUGACCGAAUACCUCACCAAGGCAUCCUAUGACCGUGACACCCUUGCCUCUUCUGGCCAUACAUCACAAGGUCCCACCGGCUUCAUACGCUCGAAGAUUGAAGAUGUGAGAGGAGUAGAUCAUGAGGUAAGUAGAAGAGAUAGGGUGCGGAAACUGGAAAUGCAGAUUGAAAAGCUAGUGCGUGAGGUAGAAGAUGCGAGAAGAACGACAGAGGCGUUUGAUGGAGAGGUGGUGAGGGAGGUGGGGGAUUUUGAGCGGAUCAAGGCGAGCGAGUUUAGGGAUUGUUUGGGAGCAUUGGCGGAUAAGCAUGUGGAAUUCUAUUCCGGAGUGGUGGAGACUUGGGAGAGUUAUAUUAGGGAGAUGGAGGCGGAGGAAGAGUGA